AAGCAACACUUUUCCACUGUCUUUAUCCCUCAAAGUUCUCUUGUUUUCUUUCACUCUCUGCAUUCUCAGUAUCCAUAAUUGCUUGCUUUAUAGCAAAAAAUACAUAUAAUGACCAACAUCUUUGUGCUUCUGUGCCUGCUCUCCUUAACUGCUUCUGGCUUUGUCAAUGCCUCCUUUAAGCAAGAAAGUGACCAUAUCAAGUUAUUUGAGCUCAAGAAAGGUGACCUUUCUAUAAAGGUCACCAACUGGGGGGCAACACUUGUCUCUGUAAUCCUUCCUGAUAAGAAUGGAAAGUUGGGUGAUGUGGUUCUUGGAUAUGAUUCCCUCAAGACAUACACUAAUGAUUCAACAUACUUUGGAGCUACAGUUGGUCGUGUUGCUAACAGAAUUGGGGGAGCCCAGUUUACUCUAAAUGGAAUCCAUUACAAACUAAUUGCUAAUGAAGGAAACAACACGCUCCAUGGUGGACCAAAAGGAUUCAGCUUUGUUCUCUGGAAAGUAGUAAGGUAUAUAAAAUAUGGUGACAAACCAAGUAUCACCUUCAGUUAUCACAGUUUUGAUGGUGAAGAAGGAUUUCCUGGGGACCUUCUAGUAACUGUGAGCUACAUUCUUGAGAAAAAUGCUUUGAGGAUAAUCAUGAAAGCAAAGGCUCUAAACAAGCCUACCCCAGUGAAUCUAGUUAACCAUGCUUAUUGGAACCUAGGAAACCACAACAAUGGUAACAUUCUAGAUGAGGUUGUUCAAAUCUUUGGAUCCAAAAUCACACUCGUUGAUGACCAUCUCAUUCCUACUGGCAAAUUUGCUUAUGUGAAAGGGACCCCAUAUGAUUUCCUUAAGCCACACAUUGUUGGAACCAGGAUCAACCAAUUACCUAAGACUAAUGGUUAUGACAUCAAUUAUGUGCUUGAUGGGGCAAAAGGCAAAGAGAUAAAGUUGGCAGCUAUAGUGAUGGACAAGAAAUCAGGGAGAGUGAUGAAGCUCUUUACAAAUGCUCCUGGUUUGCAGUUUUAUUCUGCUAAUUUUGUGAAGAAUGAGAAGGGGAAAGAUGGGUUUAUUUAUCAGCCACGUUCAGCACUGUGUUUGGAGAGUCAAGCAUUCCCUGAUUCUGUGAAUCACCCUAAUUUUCCCUCAACUAUUGUGACCUCUGAAAAGCCUUAUAAGCAUGUUAUGUUACUCAAGUUUUCCACCAAAGUCCCAUAUGGUUUUUCAGAGUCAUAAGAACUGUGCGCUUUUCAGCCACUUUUUUAUGUUCUUGUUCAUUAUCACUGUAGCAUGACUCGUUUUCUUGCAAACUUGGGUCACUAAAAUGAAUAAUAAGACCUUGUGUUCUUUGUUUCAAGAUUACCUC